CAUUCUUAUUUUCCUUAUCUUAUUGCUUUAUUAUGUCAGCAUUGCCUUUUGAAGUAUUGAUCACCACCUUUGAAUUCUUACUGACCGAUACAUCUAAACCAGCGGACUUGCUACAAUGCCAACUUGUCUCUAAAAAUUGGAGUAACCCCGCGCAGCAUCUACUUUACACAGACAUCCAUAUAAAAGAUGAAAUUGCUCUUCUCGAUUACGUCCAAACCAUUCGUUAUUCUAUACACAAAAACCUUGGAUCUCUUGCCAAAAAACUAACUCUUUACAAUUAUGAAACUCUUGUCAAAUCAUUUCAAUUUCGAGACUGUUAUAAUUCAAUUGCCAAGCUUUGGGGUAUUUUACUUCAAUGUACUGCACCCAGUGUAUCAUUCUAUGAACAAGCUAUCUUAGCAAAGACAAGACAAGGUCACUUUUCACAGUUGGGUAAAAUACCAACUUGCAAAUCACACAAAGGAUUUGUAGCCUAUAAUCAAACAAUACUUGAAUUAAGAGAACAGAUGCGGGAAAUUAAUACGCUUGGAUGUCGAAUGAAAAGAGUAAAUAGUAGAUAUGAAGGACGAGGAAGAAAUUGUAUUCAAGCAGCAUAUCGUUCAGAUGUUCAAUUUCCAUUAGUCAGAAUAUUGAGAUUAAGUGAAUGGGAGAUGAUGUCACCUCUUGAUUUUGACUAUUUUGUUGAACGUUAUCCAAGUCUUGAAUUCCUUGAACUUAAAUCAGAUGUAGAUCACUUGAUGUGGAUAGAUCCAACAAAAGAAGAGGUUAGACAGCAACAAAAAUUAGACAACUCACCCAUAAAUAAGGCAUUAUGUAGACCACGACCCAAUUUGAAGGCUUUUAUAUGCAAUGCUUUUCAAACAACAUGUUCAUUUUUUGAGUAUUUUAUGUACAAAUUCCCUGGGUUACAACUAUUAUACCGUAAAGAUUUUUGUUUUACUGAUAAUGAAAGGACAUCUCAAUGUAUUGAUAUAAAGGCUAAAUGGAUUCAUUAUGUAACGAAUAUUCCCAGACAUUAUUAUGAAUUUCAUCAUGCUUGGGAUGCAAAAGACGUUUUAUACGCAUUUUUUAAACUCGCAGCUGUUUACAUUAAUAAUAAGCCUCUAUUUAUGGGGAAUUUCGAAAUUAGUUACGACAUAUUUGAAUUGCGAAAAUCUCCUUGUCUUCGAAUCCUUAAUGCCUUUAGCCCCUACGGGCCAGAGGAUGACAUCACCAACCAUGGUCAUCAAACAAAAAAGAUUAGUUUACUGUAUCCUCCUUCGAAAUCCAUAGAAGAUAUAUUUCAAACAGGUUCUGAGAAUAGUCAAUCUUCAUCUGUAGAUGAUUAUCAAAACGAAACAAUUCCGCAUAAGGAGCUACUUGACUGUGUAGGUCCUUUACUAUCACACCUUACAUUAAAAAAUAUAAGCGAAUGGGAGCAUCAUGCCGACUUUAAAACUCUCCUUCAACAUACUUUAAUCCAAUGCCCAAACUUGAACACACUUAUUAUUGAAAGAGGAGCAGAAGUUUAUCUUGACGAUUUCCUCUUACCGCCACUUCACCUUCAUAACUUGACAAUUCGUUCCUGUAUGAUCAAUAGUACAUUUUUUCAAAUCUUAUCAUCAUCUUUACUCAAGCUUAGUUAUUUGACUAUUGAUUGUUGCUUUAUUAACAAUAAUAACAAUAGUAGGAAAGCCAAGAUGGUUAUCUUGAUUAACUUGGCCAGUACAUCUGUUGGUACGAUUGAGUAUAUUAAAUACUGGAAACGAGAGGGCAUCGUUACACAUCCCUAUCAAGCCACCACCACCACUACUCACAACGAAAGAAUUAAAUAUUAUUUGAAAUUGGAAACUAUGACAAAUGAUAAGAGAGAAUCAGCCUACUAUUUUAGUGAUUUUUCAUUACCGCAAGCAACCAGUAUAAAUGAUAAAGACUUUGAAGAAUCUUUAAAAAUAAAUGAUCCCAAAACAACGACAUGGUUUCAUAUUAAAUGCCUAGAAUUAAAAGCCUUUUGCGUUGAUGUUGGUGAACUUAAAGAUAGCCCGAAAAAAAAUACUAUUUAUUUUACAUAAUAUACCACUUGUCAAUUGAAAGAAUCAUUAUCCUGUUUAACUAAUGCGCAUGUCCUUCUUCUUUAAAUGAUAUAAAAUGCAAUAUUGCUUUCUUUAUAUACACAAUAAAAAAAAUAAUAAUGAAAGUCUAUAGC